CCGCCAAGCUUAAAAGCGCUGAGCCGCUCCCCAAUGUCGGAUGCCUGGGAGUGCAAGGCGCAGGACCCCUUUGCCAGCAGCGAGGAGCAGGACGAGGUGCCCUACCAGGUGACAGUGACGGACACGGACACAGGUGGCCAGUGCCAGUGCCCAGAAGAGGAGCCCAAUGGGGUUCCCCAGAAGCGGACGAGCACCCAAAACGGGAUGCAGGACAGUGGGGGUGGGGGCACGGGAGUGAAGAAGAAACGGAAGAAAAAGGAUCUGGGAGAGCAGGAAGGUGGAGAAAAAGCAGCUGUGGAGGUGAAACCAAAGAGGCGGAGAGAGCCUAAAGAACCAAAAGAGCCUAAAAAGGCUAAGGAGCCCAAGAAGCCGAAGGAGCCCAAGCAGAGAGAGGUGGCCAAGAAGCCCCGGAAACCUCGGGAACCCAAAGCUCCCAAGGAGCCUAAAGACAAGAAGAGCAACUCUGAGCCUGCCCCCAGAACAAGACCCAAGAAGAGCAGCAAGGACACCCCGGUGGAGAAGAAGAAGAAAGGGAAGAGGAAAAAUGAGAUACCAGUGGACAGUUUGGAUUUGGAUCAGGAUCUCCUGAGCCCAUCCGUGCAGAGCCCAGAGGAGUCUGCAGAGUCAGCCGACAGCCAGAAACGCCGCUCAGGACGGCAAGUGAAGAGGAGGAAGUACAACGAGGACCUAGAUUUCAAGGUGGUGGAUGAUGAUGGCGAGACAAUAGCCGUGCUGGGAGCUGGGCGAACCUCCGCGCUCUCUGCCUCUACUCUGGCAUGGCAGGCAGAGGAGCCUCCUGAGGAUGAUGCCAAUAUCAUUGAGAAGAUCCUUGCCUCCAGGAUGGUGCAGAAGGAGACUCAUCCCGGAGGCCUGGCGUUUGAGAUGGAGGAGUUCUACGUCAAGUACAGGAACUUCUCCUACCUCCACUGUAAGUGGGCAACUCUGGAGGAGCUGGAGAAGGACCCCAGGAUCUCCCAGAAGAUAAAGCGCUUCCGGAACAAGCAGGCUCAGAUGAAGCAUAUUUUUACAGAGCCUGAUGAGGAUUUGUUCAACCCAGACUAUGUGGAGGUAGAUCGAAUUCUGGAGGUAGCUCACACGAAGGACCCUGACACCGGAGAGGAGGUGACUCACUACCUGGUGAAGUGGUGCUCGCUGCCCUACGAGGAGAGCACCUGGGAGCUGGAGGAGGAUGUUGACCCAGGGAAAAUUAAAGAAUUUGAAGCCCUCCAAAUCCCUCCAGAAAUCAAGCAUAUGGAGCGCCCAGCAUCUGAGUCCUGGCAGAAACUGCAGAAGUCCCGGGAAUAUAAGAACAGCAACCAGCUGCGGGAGUAUCAGCUGGAGGGCAUGAACUGGCUGCUCUUUAACUGGUAUAACAGGAAGAACUGCAUCCUGGCUGACGAGAUGGGGCUGGGGAAGACAAUCCAGUCAAUCACCUUCCUCUCAGAAAUAUUCCUGAUGGGCAUCCAUGGCCCCUUCCUCAUCAUCGCACCUCUCUCCACCAUCACCAACUGGGAGAGGGAAUUCCGCACCUGGACGGAGAUGAAUGCUAUCGUGUACCAUGGCAGCCAGAUUAGCCGGCAGAUGAUCCAGCAGUAUGAGAUGGUGUACAGGGAUGCACAGGGUAACCCUCUCCCUGGGAUCUUCAAGUUCCAGGUGGUUAUCACCACCUUUGAGAUGAUCCUUGCCGACUGCCCGGAGCUGAAAAAGAUCCAGUGGCGCUGCGUGGUCAUUGACGAGGCACAUCGCCUGAAGAACAGGAACUGCAAACUCCUGGAGGGGCUGAAGCUCAUGGCUCUGGAGCACAAGGUGCUGCUGACAGGGACACCACUACAGAACUCGGUGGAGGAGCUCUUCAGCCUCCUGAAUUUCCUGGAGCCACAGCAGUUCCCCUCAGAGACAGCCUUCCUGGACGAGUUUGGAGACCUGAAGACAGAGGAGCAGGUGAAGAAGCUGCAGUCCAUCCUGAAGCCCAUGAUGCUGCGACGUCUGAAGGAUGAUGUGGAGAAGAAUCUGGCACCCAAGCAGGAGACCAUCAUUGAGGUGGAACUGACCAAUAUCCAGAAGAAAUACUACCGGGCCAUCCUGGAGAAGAACUUCUCCUUCCUCUCCAAGGGUGCCAACCAGCACAAUAUGCCCAACCUCAUCAACACCAUGAUGGAGCUACGGAAGUGCUGCAAUCACCCGUAUCUCAUCAAUGGGGCGGAGGAGAAGAUCCUGGAAGACUUCCGUAAAACACACAGCCCAGAUGCGCCAGACUUCCAGCUGCAGGCGAUGAUUCAGGCAGCUGGGAAGCUGGUGCUCAUUGAUAAGCUGCUUCCGAAGCUGAUCGCCGGUGGGCACAAGGUGCUCAUCUUCUCCCAGAUGGUGCGCUGCCUUGACAUCCUGGAAGACUAUCUCAUUCAGAGGCGGUACACCUACGAGCGCAUUGAUGGGCGGGUGCGCGGGAACCUGCGCCAAGCUGCCAUCGACCGCUUUUGCAAGCCUGAUUCGGAUCGCUUCGUCUUUCUCCUGUGCACACGGGCGGGCGGGCUGGGCAUCAACCUGACCGCUGCUGACACCUGCAUCAUCUUUGAUUCGGACUGGAACCCACAGAACGACCUACAGGCUCAAGCUCGCUGCCACCGGAUCGGACAGAGCAAGGCGGUGAAAGUCUAUCGCCUCAUCACCAGGAACUCCUACGAGCGGGAGAUGUUCGACAAGGCCAGCCUGAAGCUGGGCCUGGAUAAGGCUGUGCUGCAGGACAUCAACCGCAAGGGCAGCACCAAUGGGGUAGGUAGGCUGUCAAUGGAGGUGGAGGACCUGCUGCGAAAGGGUGCCUAUGGCGCUCUCAUGGAUGAGGAGGACGAAGGAUCAAAGUUCUGCGAGGAAGACAUUGAUCAGAUCCUCCAGCGCAGGACACAGACCAUCACGAUCCAGUCUGAGGGGAAGGGCUCCACCUUUGCCAAGGCCAGCUUCGUAGCAUCAGGAAACAGAACUGACAUUUCCUUAGAUGACCCGAACUUCUGGCAAAAGUGGGCGAAAAUAGCAGAGCUCGAUACAGACGCCAAGAAUGAAAAGGAGAGCCUGGUCAUCGACAGGCCCCGGGUGCGGAAGCAAACCAAACACUACAACUCCUUUGAAGAGGACGAGCUGAUGGAGUUCUCCGAGCUGGACAGUGACUCAGACGAGCGACCCACGCGCUCCCGGCGCUUCAAUGAGAAGACACGGCGGUACCUGCGGGCUGAGUGCUUCCGCGUGGAGAAGAACUUGCUCAUAUUCGGGUGGGGACGCUGGAAAGAUAUCCUGACCCAUGGGCGGUUCAAGUGGCACCUGAAUGAGAAGGACAUGGAGAUGAUUUGUCGGGCCUUGCUGGUCUAUUGUGUCAAACACUACAAGGGGGAUGAGAAGAUUAAGAGUUUUAUCUGGGAUCUCAUCACACCGACGAAGGACGGCCAGAACCAGGCUCUGCAGAAUCACUCAGAUGAGGGGAGAGCGGUGGAUGUUGUCUGCUUUGACUUCAGCACAGCUUUUGACACUGUCUCCAAUAACAUCCUCAUAG